GCGGUUUAACCUCGCAGCUGAGUGACAAGCAGUGACAAGCAAAUUUUUCUUGAUGCGAUUUAGUAUAUAGGAGCUCGAUUUUCAGUUCUUAUGGACAUGUAAAGAUUUUGCAUUUGCACCGUGGUUGUGUAAUGGACAUUGUCAUGCAACAUUGGACAUAAAUGUACAUUUUGCUUGACGCGUUGCUCUUCAGUUCUUAUGAGAGCAUAAAGCUUUGAUUCGCGCUGUAGACAUAUGAUGGAUGUAUAGCCUGAGAUCGACAGGGUGAUUUUAUGUUGCGAGACCAGCAUCGGAGGGACAACGUAUCACGGAAAAUGAGCGAGACUCCAACGAAUGAUGUACCUGAGAGCAACGGUGCGAUGGAGCAGCCUGCUUACAACGGGGAAGCAGAGGAACACGCUGUCAAGUCUCCAGUGAGUAUAGAGGAGAAGGCACCAGAUUCCGUAUGUGACAAUGGUGUAAAGAGGAGUGCCACCGCCACUGGCAACGCGCCGAAUAGAACGAAGAAACGUAAGAAGGCUCCAAGAGACGCCACUGCACCGAGACAGCCGCUGAGUGGUUACUUUCUGUUCUUAAACGACCGAAGAGAGACAGUCCGAAACCAGAAUCCAAGCUUGACGUUCACAGAGAUUACGAAACUUCUAGCCGCGGAAUGGAGUAAAUUGCAAAUCGAUCAGAAGCAGCGUUAUUUGGAUGCAGCCGAGCGAGACAAAGAGCGCUACAAUCGCGAGUUUAGCAAUUACAAGCAAACAGAAGCAUAUCGGCUGUUUAACGAAAAACAGUCGGAGAGACAAAAUGAAAGUAAGAAGGAGAGAAACGGCACGGACGUAAAUGCUGAACAGAAUGAUGUUGAGCAGGAAAAGGACAAUGAUUUUACAGGCUUCGAUAUCCCUAUUUUCACAGAAGAAUUCCUUGAUCAUAACAAAGCCUGUGAGGCUGAAUUAAGACAAUUGCGGAAAGCCACGUCCGAUUAUGAAGCUCAGAACGCAGUUCUCCAGCGACACGUGGACAGUCUGCACGCAGCCGUGAAUCGCUUGGAGUCCGAAACUAAUCAACAACGAACGACCAAUCAAGCUCUGCAGCGUCACUUAGAUUCUCUUCGUUCUCAACUGGCAGGCUGCUUCGCCACCAUAUCGCUUCCAGGUGAGGGGGACACAGUUAUUGUAGAACUUCUCUUGUUAAACGGUGCAGCACCGAAUAGCAAAGAUAAGAAAUGGUUGACUCCCUUGCACCGAGCCUGCUGCUCGGGCAAUCACAACGUAGUGGACAUUUUGUUGAAAUACAAAGCGGACGUGAACGCCCGAGAUCGCAGUUGGCAGACACCUCUUCACGUAGCAGCAGCAAAUAACGCAUCGCAAUGCAUAGAACUUUUAAUACCACAUGUGUUAAAUAUCAAUGUCACAGACAGAGGCGGAAAAACGUGUCUUCAUCAUGCGGUGUAUAACGGGCAUGUCCAAACGUGUCAAUACCUUAUGAUGUUUGGUUCCGUGAUAAACGCCUCCGACAAGAAAGACCGAAGGGCUUUGCAUUUCGCGGCGUACAAAGGCCACAAUGAGAUUCUGAAAGCGUUAAUAGACAAAGGUGCCGACGUGGACGUUAAGGAUCGAGAUUUAUAUACUCCAUUGCAUGCAGCAGCCGCGUCUGGUAAUGUAGAAUGUGUGCACAUUUUAAUCGAAGCUGGCGCCGAUAUCGAGGCCAAGAACGUGUACGGAAAUACACCACUGCAUAUCGCGUGUUUGAACGGAUGUCCCCUCGUAAUCAAAGAACUUGUAGCCAAUCGUGUUAAUUUAGAGGCCGUGAAUUAUCGUGGGCAGACCGCGUUGCACGUCGCUGCCGCCAGCCUGCAUGGUGUUCACUGUUUUAAAAUGUUGAUAUACAAUGGAUUGAAAGUCAACGUUCAAUCGGAAGACGGCCGUACACCGUUACAUAUGACUGCGAUCCACGGGAGAUUUACGAGAUCAAAAACGUUGCUGGAUGCAGGAGCUUUUCCAGAUGCGAGAGACAAAAAUGGAAAUACCGCGUUGCAUAUCGCCGCUUGGUUUGGCUUCGAAUGUUUGACGACAUCUCUAUUGGAAAGCGCUGCGUCUCCGGCUACACGCAACGCACAGCAACGUACACCUUUGCAUCUGAGUUGUCUAGCGGGACACAUAGAAGUCUGUAGAAAAUUAUUGCAACUCGAUAGCAGGCGAAUUGACGCGCGAGAUAUCGGUGGCAGAACAGCUUUACAUUUGGCAGCAUUUAAGGGGUCCGUAGAUUGUUUGGAUCUGCUGUUAUCUAGCGGUGCCAAUUUUCGUCUUGUUGACAAUGACAAUCGAUUGGCUCUUCAUCAUGCCGCGUGUCAAGGACACUAUCCUUGCGUCUUCACUUUGGUUGGGUUCGGUAGCGAUUCAAACGCUCAGGACGUGAACGGUGCAACACCGUUACAUCUGGCUGCAGCGGCGUCGAAUUCUAAUGCCGAGUCUUUUAAGUGCGUGCAAUACUUGCUGCAGCACCGGGCAGACCCGCAUUUACGCGACAAACGCGGUUUCACCGCGAUCCACUACGCGGUGGCGGGUGGCAAUAAAAAGGCACUGGAAGCGCUUCUGAAUGCGUCGUCGCAACCUUCGAAUCUGGCCGCUUCGCUCAGCUCUUCGACCGGGCAGGAGCCGCCCCUGCCAGCGCUCACUCCGAUACACCUCGCGGCAUAUCACGGUCACGAUGAGAUCUUGCAACUGCUUCUACCUUUGUUCCCCAAUACAAAUAUCAAGGAAGACAGCGGGAAGACGCCGCUAGAUCUGGCUGCCUACAAGGGGCAUAAACAAUGUAUCGUGCUUCUGCUGCGAUUUGGCGCUUCCGUGGCAGUGCAGGAUUCCGUCACGAAACGCACGCCCGUGCACUGUGCUGCCGCGACCGGUUACGCGGAUUGCCUGGCUCUUCUUCUGCAGAACAUGGACGAUCCCAACGUGGUAAAUUGCUACGACUCCAAGCAACGCACGGCUCUGACGCUGGCGGUGGCGAACAACUAUCAGGAGUGCGCGAUGCUGCUGCUGACGUACAAAGCCGACUGCAAUUUGCCGGACGUCAAUAAGCACACGCCGCUGUUUCGCGCGGUGAUCAACGAGUGUGAUAAUCAGUUGGUGAAACUGUUGUUAAAGCAUGGUGCCCAAGUGGCAGUGCAAGAUGUAAACGGUAAAACGCCGUUACAUUUAGCAGCUGCUUGUGGCAGAUUGUAUGCUUUAGCCGCCCUCGUUAAAGCCGAUCCGACCGCGGCGACUUUGAAGGACGAUCAAGGCUGCACGGUGCUCCAUUGGGCUUGUUACAACGGCAACUCGAAUUGCGUGGAGUAUCUUUUGAAUCAUGACGUGUUCGAUUCUUUGGAAGGUAAUCCUUUUUCUGCCGUACAUUGCGCCGUAUAUCAGGGAUCCGCGCACUGCCUAGAGUUACUGAUCAACAAGUUCGGCGGACAGGCGGUUGCUGCUCCGAGGGAUUCGUCGUGUGGUUUAUUGCCACUGCAUGUCGCGGCGAGUGCGGGAUCCGUCGAGUGCGCGCGAUUAAUUCUAAACUCCGUUGGACCGGAACUAGCCGGUCUCGAGACAACCGACUAUUUCGGACGGACGCCGCUUCUUUGUGCGGCCGUCAACGGACAAUGCAACGCUAUUGAAUUACUGCUCGAAUGGAAAGCCGACGUGCGCGCUGUUGACUCCAAUAAGAAUACGGCGCUGCAUCUAGCUUGUCAAAGACGUCAUUCCGCAGCGGCGUCAUUGCUCUUGAAUUGGAUCGAGUCGCUCGGCAACUCCGAUACCGGCGACAAGAACACAUCGCAAUCGCAACGUGUUUCCGUCAUUAACAUGAUUAACAAGCAGCAGAGAACGCCGCUGCAUCUGGCGGCGAGAAACGGUCUCGUGACAAUCACGCGACGACUAUUGCAAUUGGGCGCGAGUGUCAUAGCUGUUGACGCCGAAGGACUCACGCCCGCAUUAGCGUGUGCCCCAAAUCCGGCGGUGGCCAAGUGUUUAGCUACUAUUCUUGCCGCACAAGGUCAAAAUGGAGAAACCGCACAAUACUCGCCGGCUAUUCAGCACACGUUGGAAGUAUAUCUGAACGGUGUGGACUCGCAGCACAGCUCCGACUCGGAGUUUUACUGACAGCGAGCGUUGGCACGCUCGGAUCGUCAGAUGUUCCGAGCGAGAAUGAACGUUGGCUCGAGACGCGGCAACAUCAAUGCUGCUAGACUGAUCUGGACGAGCGGCUGGCUCUUUUCCAUUCUAGCGUAAUUAGCUUCUAAUUCCGACGAGCCGGGCGAGAUUGCUGGAAUAGGUGGAUCUCCCGUGGUGACUAGCCUCAUAAGUAGCAAUUGUGACAAUACCGAUGUCUGUGCUAUCGAAAACUCGAUAGAGCAACUAACCGACUGCCAAGAGGGAUACGGAUGUACGUACGUAUGUUAACCAGAGUUACUUAAUAAUAGCCGAUAGACUUAGGUAUACUUAGGAUCAAGCUGUACAGUAUUCAAAGUCAUUCAGCUUUCUGUUCAUGUAAUUAUACAUGCGCGAGGUGCAACAUUGUCUUGCAUCUCGAGACACGACAUUCAUAAAAAUCAAGUGUUGUAAUUUUGUUUUAAAAUUUGUCAAUUAGAACGAAUGUGUACAUAACGUUUCAAGGAUGUUCAGGUGCAUAUACUAUUCGGUAUCAAUCGCGUUACGGAAUAUCCGUGUAUGAUUGACGAUUAAUGCGUUAAUGUCAAUUGUUUUCCCUCUGCCAUUUAUGUUGUAAUGGCGUGUUUUGAGACGACAGUUCGGUCAAAUACUAUCGAAAUACACGUUUUUAUUUAGGACGAGUACAAAAUUUUGCCAUUAGCGCUGAACUCCCAUGCAGCACACAACCGUUGAAUCAACAUCUCAAAAAUAUUGCAUUGCAACGUUUUUUUUUAUAGAUUUAAUGCUGAAAAGACAUUGCGGAAACGUGUAAUAUCAGCUGAAUUGCAAUGUCGUGUAGACGUAAUUCAACAUUUAGAAAACAUUGUUAAGUAGUGGAUAACAUUGCCGCACUUAGCAGAACGUGUCUUUAUUCGAAUUUCAAAAGAUAAACAAUUUGUUGAAUGUUGUAGCAACAUAAAGAAUCACUGUAAAAGAAUCAACGUAGAUUCAACGUUAGAAAGAUAUUUAUACUUCAACAUUCAACAUUGCAAUGUCUCAGCAACGUUGUUUCAACUUUUUGUGCUGUAUGGGAUAUUCCUCUUGAACAUUAUUUACGUAUUCAAAUUAAUUUAUUGUUAAUUCUAGCAAAGUGUCGAUUACACGAUAUCUAUAUUUUUCUCUUCUCUUAAAUAUCUUAUAUAUAGAUAUAUAUCUCUAAAACACACAUAGCUGAGAACGAAACAUAGUUUUUCCGCACACAUUUGUGCAGUUUCCACAUCUCUCAUAGCCUAUAACUUCUAAAUAUGAUAAUUAACGCACAUAUAUACCUCCUACGUUUCGAUAUGUUUGCCUGCAUAAUUUUCUAAAUCAACCACGUCGGUUAAUAUAACACGUAUAAUUCUCUCACGAUUGAUUAACGCGAGUCUUGAAUAUGGACCACAGAGAAUAAUAAUAAUAAUAAUAAUAACGAAGUAAUAAUAGUUGCGUUAAAUAAGUCUUGAAUGCAAUUGUAAAUCUCUAACCAUGAUGGAUUUAACAGUAAAACAGCGGAGUAUUAUCAGUUUUGUAGUCGAGUAGAUGUAAUAAUAAAGAAA